AUGACCGUGUCCUACGGAGUAGAAAAGUGCCCGGAACAGUUCGAUGAGUAUCGGUGUACUCUUUCGGAAAAAUAUCGGCAGCUGGCUAAGGAGCAGCUCAGGGAAGAUGACACUCUGCGGGAACAGGCUCUCGAGGCGAUGCGAGCGUGGAUUGCGAAACAUCCGUACAUUCGUCGUUGUCGGACGGAUGCGCUGUUUCUCUUGCGGUUCCUGCGCCAGCGAAAGUUUUCAAUUCCAUUGGCCUGUGAGACAUUGGAACGAUAUCUGGCAAUGAGACAAACGUUCCCACAGUGGUUCCAGAAUCUAAGUCCAUUCCAAAAGGACAUGGAGGAAAUGAGACAAAACGAAGUUUUCCAGGGGCUCGGUUUCGACGAAAAAGGACGUGUAUUGAUUUUGGUCAAAUCGAAAAAUUUCAAUGUGGAAAGAUUCAAUCUGGUUCACCUGAUCCGGUACAUGCACAUGUACCUGGAGAUUCUAUCCUGUGACGAGAGAGUACAAGUAGCCGGUAUAGUGCUGAUAGUGGAUUGUUUCGAUACGACGAUGAGUCAUUUUACGCUGUUCAAUUUGUCGGAUAUGAAGAACAUGAUGCCCUACAUUAACCAUCUGCUUCCGGUACGCUGCAGAGAGAUUCAUGUCAUCCGGCUGCCUAAGAUGAGCGUCACCCUAGUUGAUAUCCUGUUUUCCUUCAUCAGUCCCAAGCUGAAGCAUCGGUUCUUCUUCCACAAGACGUUGAUGGAUGCCCGAAAACACCUAGACAAAUCGUUGCUACCCGGGGAGUAUGAUGGAACCAACGACUCAUCGGAGCUGUCUGUCCAUAUGCACAAACUGGUUCAAGAUUCCCACGACGAGCUGAGUCUGCUCGAUCAGAUGGAGAUAGACAUUAGCGGGUAUACGGCUUUGUGGAACCAGAACCAUCCUGCCGGCGGUGGCGGCUGCGGUAAGGCCAGUGAAAUCGAAAGCGGCAUGGUGGGCAGCUUCAGAAAGCUCAACAUCGACUAA